AUGGUACUUGUAUUUGAAUAUUACUCGAGUACCAAUUUUAAGAACUUGUACUUGACAUCUAAGUAUUCUUACUUGUACUUGAAAUUUUCCAAGUACCACAUGCAAGAGAGUACAAAACCAUUGGAAGUCUGUCUAGCACUGAACCGUCAGUUCCAAACUUGGAUCAAUAACUACAUCUCAAAAGUCACAUUAAUCUUGGAUAAGAAUAGAGCCCAUCAAGAACAAGUAAAAAAUGAUUUUGAAGAGUUAGCAAGUCAAAAACAUCUGCAAAAAAAGAAAGGAUUUUCAGUUUUUGCCAAGCCAUAUUUCAGAGAUAUCCACGGAUCUUACCCUCAACCAAAUGAGGAUACAUUAAAAAAGGUUUCAACCGAUGAACUCUACUCGUUUAUCAAGCCAUCAAAGACAUGGUCGGUUGAAGAGAAAAACAUUUUGGAGCAGUCUGUGAGAGAUUUUAGAAUGAAGAAAUCUUUGAAGCCCCACAUGAACAAAAAGCAGUUGAUAUUUGAGAAGUUGAAUAGCUAUGCUCCUGGCAGCGAAGAAGAAGCAAACCUCAACAAAAAAAUGGCUGAAAUUGAUAAAGAGAUCGAUAGAAUAAAGUCCUCGACCCAGAGCCUGCUAAAGUUUGCUGAUCUUGAGGAACUGGAGGACAUUGAUUGGGUCAAAAUUUCCAAUGUUGAUCUGAAAGGUACAAAGACGCCAGAGGCCUGUAUGUCGUUUUGGAAGAACGCGGGUCAUCCAAGCAUCAACACGUGCAAGUGGACAUCCAGAGAGGAUGACAACCUGUCCACGCUCGCCAAGCAGAACAAACUGAGGAACUGGAAGCGCGUGUCUGAUCAGCUUGGGACCAACAGAACGGCUUUCAUGUGUCUGCAACGAUACCAGAGCAAGUUCAAUCCAGUUUUUCAGAUAAAAUGGACAGUAACCGAAGAUAGGAGGCUAGAGGUGCUGAUAAACAGCCAGUUGUCUGCAUUACCGCAUGUCGAUUGGUCGGCAAUUUCUGCAGAAUUCGGUUCUAAAUCUGAAGAGGAAUGCAUUUAUAGGUGGGAAUAUUUGCAGAAGAGGUUGAAACACAGAGGAAAAUGGACUAAAGACCUGGAGAAAAAAUUGACUGAUGCAGUGAAGUUGUUUGGAAUGAAUUGGAAAAAAGUUCAAUAUUUUGUUCCUAAAAAGAAUUACAUUCAAUGUCGGGACAGGUACAUGAACAACUUGUGCGGUAACUUGAAGAGAGGGAAGUGGACACCCAAGGAAGACAAAUUGUUGUGGAAAGCAGUCAAGCAACUUGGCCUUGAUGUUCCUCGGCCUGUGCACUCCAAACUGCGAAACAAAAUGACGAGGUCGAGGAGAAUGAAGAAACGAUCAGUUGAGACGGACGAAGAUGAGAAAGAGGAGGAUGACGAUGAUGAGGAUUAUUGGAAUGAUUUCAGUUUUAAAUUUAAUUUUAAUGAUAAUGACGAGGAUGAUGAAGACGUUGAGGAUAUGAAUGAAGCCGCCAACAGCAAUAACAAUGGAGGUUCCAAUAAGAGAAUCUCAACACACAAAUACGAACUACGGCAUAAAAAGUUGAAGAUAGAUCAUUCCGCUUACAUGACAAAUGACGAUGAUGAUUUUGAUUUUGAGAGAGAUGUUCAGACAGAUGCGAAUGGCACACCUCCAGUUGACAAUUCUAAUGCAUUCACAAACAUCGGCUCUAAUGAUGAUGCUGACGAUGACUUAGCAGGUGAGCCGAUGUUAGGCAUUGUGAAGUGUGAGGACGGCACCUCCCUGUGGACUUGUGCUAACAUAGAACGUUAUAUAUACGAUGAGGGAAGUAGUUCCACCAACAGCUCCAACUUCCUUCGCAGAAAUAUCAACGACAGUGUCGAUAUCAGUGAUAAUAUAGAAAUGCAAAUUGUCAACAUAAAAGACAAUGAGGUCAGUGGCGAUGAAUAUGUUGGCAGGUUUGGGAAUGCAUUGCUGGGGGAGGCAGAGAUGCCGCACGAGUAUGCGGACCACAUCAAGCGCCAGGAUGUACUUCUAGAGAGACUCAUUGAGAAACAACUUUUUGCUACCAUCAACUCAUUCUCUAAAGCAGGGAAAGAAACGUCGUCCGAAUAUGGAUUGCAACAAACGAAGAAAGAUAACUUCAAUGUACAUAUCAAAAAGAAAUUUGAAAAUCUAAUUAAUGCCUCCUUGAAACUGAAGGACAUCGGUAGCUCAGCACCUCCGAGGACAUCAUGCGUGGUUAGAAAUGACAGCGCACAUCCACAUUCCUCAUCGUCGACAAAUUUUGUUCCGGUUCUACCUCCACUCCCUCCAAAUCUCACGACGCUUCAAGCAUUCACAAACCUAUUGAACCAUCGCAACGCACUAGUCAUGAAGGCGGGUCUCUUGCAAUUCCCAUCGAAACAACCGCUUCCCAUUCCAUGGAAGAGAACGCAGUUUGAAGACGUCGUCAACAGUGCCCGAUUGACUCAGAUCCUUGAAGAUGCCAGUUAUGUUUUCAACGACGAAUCUGAUAGCGUCGAUGAGUUCAGCGUUAAAAUAGAGUGCCUCAGUAAUGUUGAAGACGACGAUUCCUCAAACAAGACGUUUUGCGAGUAUGCUAAUGAUGAUGGAAACGUGUCUAACAUCAAUGUAACGAACAGGAGCAGUAGCAGCAAUGCGAAUCAUAACUAUUCCUCGGGUAGUUCUAUGAAUUCAGAAAAUAUUUCAUCUUGUCAUCCCACAAACUGCUUCAACGCUCGAUAUACGGAGAACGUAACUUCUGCCAAUACUGGUGAUGGUGAUGGCGAUAAUAAUUUUGAUUCGUAUGUUGAGGUUUUGCGAGGCCGAAGGACAAGGACUAGAAAUGAUGAUAUUGUGAACACGCACGAAGAAGCAUGUACGCUGUAUGAGUUGAUUAACGAAAGUGAACAAUUCCAACAGCUUCAAAGCCGAUUCAAUUCCAUGUUUCUAUGGCCUUUGAUGUGUGCCUAUUCAUCCAGACCUGGCGUCGUUAGGCGGGUGUGGAAGUGUGGACCGCUCGACCCUUAUUCUGGUGAUGAUGUCUAA